CAGUGAGAGAAGGAGAGGGACGCGCCAGCGCAGAGAGGCACGGAGCCGGAGCGGUGAGCAUCAAGCCGUCUACAUUUGGGGGAAAAGACCUAAACCCGUGUAGGACUCAGAAAAAAACUACCAACACCAACAAAAACAAUAAUCGCAACGCUCUGAUAGGACGCAUAGGUGCGGGCGCUGUUUUGGUAUUUGGAACUUAAGAUGAAAGAUCUACCUGUCUCUUUAUUGGAUUUGGAGUCCUAUCCGCGGCGCCUUUGACAGAGGGAGUUGCGCAUGCAGAGUGGGCUUUCGAAUCGAACUUCACUCGGACAUUCGGGAUCCCUUCAGAGAGUAAACGACCGCUUCUCUCACUGGACCUCGUUAUAACUCAACCACCACCAUGGAUGAAGACCAGUGCUAUUACAACGAAACCAUCACCUUCUUCUACAACCGCAGCGGUAAGCCCCUCGCUUCCGACUGGAACACCGUCAGCAAGCUGGUGAUGGGCUUGGGCAUCACCGUGUGCAUCUUCAUCAUGCUCGCCAACCUCCUGGUAAUGGUCGCCAUCUACGUCAACAGGAGAUUCCACUUCCCAAUCUACUAUCUGAUGGCCAACCUGGCGGCUGCUGACUUCUUCGCUGGACUGGCCUACUUCUACCUAAUGUUCAACACGGGACCGAACACUAAGCGGCUGACUGUUUCCACGUGGUUGCUGCGGCAAGGCUUGAUCGAUACCAGUCUGACCGCGUCCGUGGCCAACCUGCUGGCCAUCGCCAUAGAGCGUCACAUCACUGUCUUCCGCAUGCAGCUGCAUACGCGCAUGAGCAACCGGCGUGUGGUGGUGGUGAUCGUUAUAAUCUGGACUAUGUCCAUAGUGAUGGGGGCCAUCCCCAGUGUGGGCUGGAACUGUAUCUGCAGCCUCAAAAGUUGCUCCAAUAUGGCACCUCUUUACAGCAACUCCUACCUGGUCUUUUGGGCGGUGUUUAACCUUUUGACGUUUGUCGUGAUGGUAACGCUUUACGCCCACAUUUUCGUCUACGUGCGGCAGAGGACCAUGAGGAUGUCGCGGCACAGCUCCGGACCACGGCGCAACCGGGAUACAAUGAUGUCUCUGCUCAAAACUGUGGUCAUCGUGUUGGGUGCAUUUAUUAUCUGUUGGACCCCGGGCUUGGUCAUCCUACUCCUCGAUGUCUUCUGCUCCAGCUGCAACGUCCUCACCUAUGAAAAGUUCUUCCUUCUCCUCGCCGAGUUCAACUCUGCUAUGAAUCCUAUCAUCUACUCAUACCGGGACAAGGAGAUGAGCGCCACCUUUAAGCAGAUCCUGUGCUGCCAGCAACAGGAGAAUGUCAAUGGGACGGUGCCGGAAGGAUCCGACCGCUCAGCAUCUUCUAUCAACCACACGGUGCUGGGUGCUGGUGGUGUGCAUCAGCAUCACAAUGAGCACUCUGUGGUUUGAAAUAAUUGAAACAAAAGGAAGGGUGGAAGUUUUCGUGAUUCUGACUGCAACAAAGUGAAUACUAAAGAAGGGACGAGAAUGUGGCAUAGAUUAUAGACUGCUGUUUAAAUUCUGAAACAGGAGAAUGGAACUGGUGAUCCGCUUGAUGGAGAUAGCAAUGGAAAAGACAGAGGAGAAGAAGAAAGGGAAGUAAAAUGAAUGAUGAAAAGACUAAAUGAAUGAAGAGAGAAGGUCUAAUAUUUGAAGACUGACAGGCUGUUAGUAUUUUUGUUUAGCUGUAUAUUAUUUCCUGUGUUAAAUGUGUUUUUUACAAGCAAAGUUGAUAUGAAUUAUUUAAGUUCAUCUGUGAAAUGGUAAUGCCAGUAACCAUUCUCUUUCUCCAUUUAGCCUAUUUAACUACGGAACUACUAUGCUUUUGGACGUGCGCCACCAAGGCAAAAAUCUUGAGGGCCUUUUCAUGUUACCUUUUCCUUUAGCAGAGGCAAAAACAACCUCCUCAUUAUUGGCCCCCACUUCUAAUUUGGUAAUCUACACAAUCUGAACAGAAGCUGCUGCAUGCUAUAUUACUUCUUGGAGCAGAUGUGAACAGGUAUAACAGUAUCAACUGAUAUGGUCCAACUUCAGACAUACAUACCAUUUUAAUUAUUCAUGCAUAUAAAUCGAGGGACUAUUUUUGACCUGCUCCUUUCACACUUUCAUACUAUAGCUGUGAUUUUAGGAUUUCAGAAGGAUAAAGAGUCUAUCUAACAUAAUUUUUUUUUUUUUGGUGAGACACCGGCUCAGAACGCAUGCAUAACACAAGCACACACAAAUCAAACUAAUAAAAAGCAGCAUUCCUAGAGAAGACCUUCAGAAAUGCUAAAACACUAUAUGAAAAAAAGCUCAAUUUAAAGUUAAGCUGUACAGCAGAAGAGGAUGACCUAUCAAAAGAUAAAUAGGAAAUGUUCAAGGUAAAAAAUAAGAACAACAUCAGUCAAUUUGCAGAACGAUGUAAGAAACUGUGCAAUUUGCAUGCAUGUUAUAUAUAAACACUAAGAAGUGUGCAAAUAUUAUAAUCCUUGACAGUCAUGCAAAAGACUAGCAUCUGUAAAAUCGGGUAAAAUUCUUUGUCCCAAGCUUCCAAAAAAAAUUUAAUCCUUUAGUUCUGCUACACCGUUUCGAUUGCUGAGAUAUAUUUUUGCUGCAUUGUUCUGCAUUAGAGUUUAGAGAAUAUUCUGUUUUCAUUUACAGCAGCAGCGGGGGGAGUGAAUGUGAAUGUCGAGGCAUUUCGCCCCAUCGCCAACAUCUACCUAUACUUUGCCAUUAAAUCCCUUCUUUCAUUUUAAAAUCAUAGCAAACCACUUCAGUCCCAUGUACAUAAACCAUUGUGUAUCAUUUAUUUUUGAUUAAUUAUACAGCCAAAACCAGAUAUUUAUGUACACAGCACAAAAAGGACCUAUUAUUUUUUUCUCACUCCCUGACAUGAAAUCAGAUUAAACUUUUCCAAUGAUGGGUCAGUCAAUUAUUCCUAUUUGCUAAAUGCCAGAAAAGUGAGUUUAAUUGUAUUGCUCCUUUCAAAUUCAAUUUGUAAGCUUCUGAAAGGUUUAUUUAAAAAAAGAGAGUUCAAUGAAGGAUGUAUUUUAGGGCAGAAAAUGUAUGGGGAAUCGAAAGUAGUCAGCCAAGACAUUGUGGACCUCAACAAUUAUGAAGGUGCCAUAUGCAUCAAAGAUUGCAUGCAAAUAUUAACCCCCUUGGAAUGUGUGGCUAUUAAGGAAGGCAAUGUAUUUUGUGUGAAUGUCUUUUGGGAAAAAUGUGUGCAUAAAACUUACAACAAAAGCGAAGGAGCUUGUAAAGAUAAAGACUGGAGCUGAUGAAAGAGGGACAUUGUCCAAAGUGAAACGAAUCCUGUAACAACACCUGCUUAAACUCCACUCAGACAGGAAGAAUCCAAUACUCCCGACUCAGGGGAAAGUGACUUAAAUUUUUGGAAAUACUGUAUUAUCUUGUGGUCUGAUGAAGAAAAUGAAGUUCCAUUUUUUUUUGCCAGUAUUAUAUUUGGAGAAAAAAGGAAGAAUUCCACAAUCCCGACAACACUGUCCCAGCUGUGAGGUACGGGGCUGGCAGCAUCAUGCUGUGUGGAGGUUUUGCUGUAUGAGGAAUUGGUGCACGUUGCAAAACAGUUAAUUUCCAAAUAAUGAUCUUUCAUAGGAAAGAUCAUUAUUUGGAAAUGGAGGUUACAUCUCAUCCAUCCAGUUGAAACUUGAUUACAAGUAAAUCUUUCAAUUGGAAAAUAACCCUGAGCAUGGUGCCAAAUUAGAUACAACGUAGCUUAAGGGAAACAAAGUUAAUGUUUUGGAGUGGCCCUCACCACGGCCUAAACUUAGUCCAAUAGAAAAGGUGUUGUAUCCCAGUUCAGGAGCAAUUGGCCAAAAUUCAAACAAACUUCCCUGAAGCUUGUACAAAUUAUACUUAAUAAAGAAAAUCCUAAAUCAUACAGCCCAAAGACAAUUUUAGCUAUUAUUUCAAAUUGAAAGAAACUGGAAAAUUCUCCAGAAAUAUUUAGUUUAAACUGCAGUUAUAAUACUGUUCAGAUUUUAGAUAUAGGUUGGGCAACAAACAUGCUUCCAUUGUGGUCACUGCCUUGAACCUUUGUUACAACAGUGUUACUAAUGAUUUAAACAAAGUUACAUGUAUGUAAAAGUGCGUAGUUUGUAUAAACAUGGCCAUAUGCUAUGAGCUGACAGAUAUAAUCUUCUGUGGUUAACAUCCUCUAACUAAUAGGUAACCUGGCUAGAUAGACUGAUAACGUUUAGCACUCUUGUUCUACACAUUAUCAAUCUGGGACUGCUCCGUUUGAAUCAGUUUGGGUGAAAGGAGGGAAUUAAAACAGAACUCUCCGAGCUGAUUUGGCGAAGCAAUCCCGUGCCCGCCUACCAGAGGUUGGUUUUAGCCAAUCACGGUAUCAAAUUUAAACGCAAGCAGCAGAGAUUGUGAGAAACCACAAGAAGUUAAGCUAGUCAAGGCAUUCUCUGCUGUUUUACUUUCAAAGAAGAAAUUGUGGAUUCUUACAAAUCAGACACUCAAUCACUCGUGCUUUUUGUUGCACCGGUAUGCUCCACCUUAAACCUGAAUACUGCAACGUGAUUGGCCCGAACCGCUUUUGGUUCGGUCAAAAUCUGUUGAAGCCGGAGCGGUACAAGAGGGUUUCUGGUGUGUUUGUGAAAGCUCAAAUACAACGAGGCAAGGUUCUUGUAGGCAAGGUUUAGAGCUAAGUGUCAAAUAGUGCAUCUUUUUGGUUACAAACCAACGGUUUAACUUCUGACUUUACCUUGACGACUUGUGCUUUUUUUUAUCCUCACUUUCAGACUGCAUUGGAUGAGGACAAUAAAAGGGUCAACAUUUGGCUGCAAGGCAUAGGCCAUGAAAGCCUCUUUUCUAUAAACUAAGACUAGGAACUGACUAAAAAGAGGCCACAGAAAACUUAAACUUUUUUAUUUUACCUUUUUUCCAAUUAUUUUGCAGCAGGUAUGUUCUAAAGUGUUGAAAUAAUUAUGUGCAGUUCUGAAAAGAUGUAGUGAUGCCAUAUUUUGUAUUGUGACCACUCGGCUGUAAAGAAAUGAUCUCUGCUUCAAAAUGGGUGGGCUGACUGUGGUUACCAAUCUGUAACCACAGUUCUGAUGAAUUAUGGAGAUUAAUAGUCAUAUAAUUGCCUAAAUGUUACAAAUUAAUAAGAUUGCACAGUGCUUGAUUUUUUGCUUUUUGUCAAGCUUAAACAUUAAGUUGAGUAAAUAAAUAAAAAUGUUUUCAAAUGAUAAUUUCAUUUAUCAUCUGAAAAAGGUUAUCCAAACCAAUCUGGCCCAAUGUAAAUUGUAAUCCUCCUGUACACCUAAUAUCUGGUUGUUCUUUAAGAGUCUGCAACAACAGGCAAUGAGCCUUUUACAUUUAAUUGGAGAGAUUUCUGGAGAGUUUUCAAAUCAUGGAGGGUUUAAGGUCAUGUCAAAAGGUUGUGUAAGUUAUUUUUUUAUAACAAAAAUCAUCUGAUUACAUGACGGAGUUAGUGCUUUUAGCUGUAAUCUAAACUUUAUAAAUUCUAAAUAAAUAAAUGGAGGCAUACUGUGCAAGGACAUAGUUUUAUACAGCUGAAUCCAAUAUGUAAAUGAACACCUAAAACACAGUUAAACUUGUUUGUGAAAACAAUAUACUGGUCACUAACAUUAAAAUAAACAGUGACGUUGUCUGAUGAAGUUUCCUGUAUUUAGUCAACAUGUGACGUUCUAUCAGUAUAAAGACUUUAAAACUGCCAAUUUUUCUCCUUUUUUUUAAUUUGGACUCUUUCAGUUAAAUGAAGGCAGACACAUUGUUGUGAAUCGCACCUUACUCACAGCUGUUAACAUGUCAAUGUUUUUUAUCUUUCUUUUUUUCAUGUCAAGAUGACUGUGUUGGUGCAUUUAUCCUGUAUCUAACUGGUUUUACACAUUAAAAAGAGAGAUUUUCUAAUUUGAAAUGUCUUUUUAAUUAGAAAAAAGAAAUUCUCAAAAUGUCCCUCUUUGUACAUCUGGAGACUAGUUUUUACUGAAUUUCUAAAGCCUAGGCCUAACCUAUACGGUCAUGCUUGACAUUCACUGUGACAUUUUGUUUCUGACUGAGAAAGUAUUCAUGUUGUUAUAAUUGUCCAUCAUUACAUGUCUGUUUACUAUUGUGUCACUCUUUGCAUACCAUUGUAAGUGUAUUUGUACAGUAUGUUUAAAUAUAUCUGAAAAAAAAAAUAUUAUUCCAAAGUUACUCACUAAAAAGGGAAACAUGUUUGGGGGAUUUAACUCAUACUUUACAUACAGUACUGUAGACUCUUUGUGGUUUGAUGUCAUCUAUAUUUUGCCGUGAAUUUCCAUAAAAAAAAAAAAAAACUUUAGAAAUGUUUACUUAAAACCAUGUUUUUGAGUGCGUCGCAUUGCAGUUUUCUUUAGGAGAGCAACCUAACACUAGACUUAGUUUUUUGGAAGUCCGAAGCUUGUUUCACCUUCAAACAAAUCCAGCAGUCUUAACGUGUAACUGCAUCCGACAGUGGUUGCAUAAAGCAGCAGAGGAGGGACUGAAACCACAGGAGAUGAGCAAGAACGGCAGGUGGUGUUUAGUUAUCUUUAAAGAGUGUGUUAAUAGUCCAACCUUUCAGUAUAACAUCAGUGUUAAAAGCAGCACAUUUGUCUCAGCGUUUCCUUUUUUUUCCUAUAAAUCUCACUGUUUUUUUUAUCAUGACCUGUAAUGAUGCGAUUAGUCCAUAUCUGUUCAGAUUAGCAUCACCGGCCUCAUUUGCAUUCUGUGGUGAAAAAGUGUUUAACGCGGCCUUCGGCUGCCGUCGUUUGGCACAACUAUACAAACCGAAACUUGUACUAUGAGCUUUUCCCAGGAGUAGGUCUGCUUUUUUGUUUUUUUUUUUGUUUGAUUGUUUUCAUAAUAAAACAACAGUUUAAAAACCAUAAAGAAAAUGCCAAACCUCCCUGUACCAGAAGGUUUAGUGUGUAACUGUGACACCGAACUGAAUAGAUUUCCAAUAAUAUCAGUCCUUUUGAAGUUAAUACCAAUGAAUAUUCACCCAAAGUGAGUGUGCUGACAUUUCAAAAAAAAAAUAAAAAAUAAAUAAA